AUGCAAAUUCAAAAUGAAAAUCCCGAUCCUCGCGGCCGCAAGAGCGAGUUGCGCAUGGAAAUAGAAAUAGUACGGGAUCUAUGCAUUGCAAAUAUGCAGCCUGGGUCUGGAGAGUUGGAAUUUGAUCCGGUUGUAACUUUGGAUUGUAAAAAAAUCCGUAUUGCAUGACCAGCAAGAGGAGUCGAAUUUGUGCCAAGCGGACGAGAGGGUAUUUGUCAUGCGGAAUAGGCAUCGGGAGGCCUUCUAAAAGUCUGUGAUGCUAGGUCAUGCGCUACAGGCAUCAUGUGUCAGGCAAAAGAUGCAUGACAAACCUUGCAUUUUUCUUCCAGACCCAGAGAUAUUUUGCAUUUGAUAGGAUCUGUGGGUCGACAGUAAGCAGUUGCCCCGGGUCGACCCCGACUCCCUACUACAUGAUCACCUGGUAUGGAACUGUCAGGAUCGAAAUUGACAAAAUCGAAAAAUUUGUGAUGCAUAAAAUGCAUGACGCGAAAUACGUGUGUUGCAGAGCAGGCAAGUGAGGCCGAUUGUAAGCCUGUUUGGGGUUACUGCUCGAGCUGCUAAAGCACCAUGAGAGAGUCAGUCUUCCUUGCCUAAACAGCAUUACAAACUGGAUUUAGGGACCGCCGACAUUUGUCAUGUGCCACUUGGAAACUGGGUUCCAACUAGCAUCCAUUUUAUGCAUGACAAAUUAUUUCAACUUUGACGAUUUCGAUCCUGACACGCCCAUACCUGGCUCGCCCACGGCUGGUAGGGAAAAACGGACUACUUGCAAACUUUAAGUUACCAUUGAGAAACUACAUUACGGAGUUCCUGAAGGAGCAGCUCGAUGAGCUAGAGACGGAGUUCGUGAAGAGGAUGAACACAGAAGUCGAAAUAAUGAAUCAGCACACGAGGAUGAAACAGAAACACCACCUCUUCAAGGCGGCAUUGGAAACGAACAGCACUGUUAUGACCUGCUCAAAGGUUACAAUCUCAAAUGUUACAAUAGAAUCUGGAUUUUGUAUUGCAUGAAGAGCAUCAGGAACGUAUAGAGAACUGAGCUUUUCGCAAUAAAAAUUGAGCCGAAUGCUCAAUGCAGUUUGGAGCCCCCGAAAUACUUGUCAUGCGCAAUCCUAUGGGAGUAGGCUAGAUCAUGCAGCUCUUGCAUCACAGAUUUCCAGAUUCUAUUGUAAAUUUGUAGAUCUCGAGCUAUCAAAUGCAAAUGUGUCUGGGUCCGGAAGAGAGCAAGUUUGUCAACAUGCUUGUCUGGCAUGACUCUACUUAAAUUUGUGAUGCGUGAGCAGGAAAAGGGCCUCUUGCCCGUCAUGCAAAAACGCAGUUGGUCAUGACAUGCGAAAAACGAAACACGCAGCAGCGCAAAAAUUAGUCAUGCUGGGCUGCAUAUAAUUGCAGUGCGCCCACCAUUCGUAGAUUUGCAUCACAAGUUUGAAGUUUCCAGACCCAGACAUAUUUGCAAUGCAUGCGAGCGUGACAGAUCCAUAUCUACUUCCGACCUCCUCGUCAAGCAGCAGGAAGCUCUUGCUCCUGUAUUGUGAGGAAAAAUUCCCCCUCCCAAUAUCAAAUGGAGAUUUCUGAUGCGCGAUUUGUGUUGUACACAAAUCAACCUGUAUUGCUGGAAGGUAAAGGGACAGAAAUCCAUCUGCUCAUCCUGUUUGCAGCAUUACAAAUUCCACAACACGACUAAAACUGCCUCUCCUGGCAAUGCGCAUUGCAAAUGUUCCUGUCAUUGCAAAUCUGCAUGACAACUCUGGUGUGGGGACGUUUUUACUCAGGAUAACUGCGUGCUGCAGAGCUAGAAGUCCCAGACGGGUUUUAUGGCGUUCUCAACUGUUACAUUCUCAACUGUUACAUGAAUUCGUGAUGCAAGAAUGGCAAAAGUCAGAGGGGUGACCUUGCGCGUCUAGCAUGACAGAUUUGGCGCAGAUUCUCGGCCUGUUUGGCUCUUCGAGAAUUUGUCGUACGAAGCAGCUUGAUCGUAUCAAUUCUAAUUGUGAUUUUGCAUGACAAACCAUGUAACAGCGGAGAGUGUAACGUUUGAGAACGCCAUAGGUUUCAACUAGUACCCGGCUACUUGUCCGAUGUUGUCAAGCCGGAAGGCGAUAUGACAGUGCACAACCCCCCCUCCCCCUCAUUUGUAUACGCGUGAACGGUAUUAAAACUACAAUCAUCAGCAAGAAUGCCGGUUUUUUAUUUGCAUGACAAAUUUACACUACGAGUCGAGUGGUAUAAUUUGGGCUGCGAGGGCUUCAACUUCCAAAAAAUGCAUAACGUUAAUAGUGACCACAGGAGGGACAGGGACAGGCUUCUUGGGUUGGUGUUUUAUUGCACGAGAAACGAGAACGAGGGGGAGUUCUUGUGCACUCUCAUACACGACGACCUUCCCGAGGACCACAGGUUGCACAACCGGACCGGUUUAUCGUGAGGAAAAUCCCCCCUCGCCAUACUGACAAGGCACGUUUUCGAAAAUUUGCGUUGCUGAUUUUUGACCACAAAUCGCCUCUGUGUUGCAUGAAGGCAAACCCACAGGCUCCGCCGCAUUCUCCAGGCAGGCGGUUUGUCAUGCUGUAGCUGCUCCUACAGCGUAGACGUCUGUCAUGCUAAAUGCCUAGGCCAGAACCUGUCUACUCAGGCUUGGUAAGGGCCUGCAGUGGUGGCCCUCGCCAGCAAGACAGGGCUGUCUGUGUCUGAUUUGUGUACGCAAAGCGUCACAAAGAACUUCGUUUUGAUAUGGCGCAGGGGGGUUUUUCAUUCUGAUACGGUUUGUGCGCGCAUCCGACUUUAGCGCCCUACGGACUCCGCGCCGCGAUCGGAAUCGCGAACAUACACCCGCUAUGCAUUGCAAAUAUCGAUCAGGGUCUGGAAGGUUUCAAUCUGUGAUGCUGGAUUUCGAUUCUACAGCAAAUCUGUAUUGCAUGUUGAACAGCAAAAGAGGUCCAUUUUUUGCCAUGGUGACGAGAGGGCAUUUCUGAUGCGGUACAGGCAUCAGGAAGCCGUCGCAAAAUCUGUGAUGCUAGGGCAUGCAUCACAGACAUCAGGAGCCAUGCAAAAUGUGCAUGACAAACCUGGCAUCCUUGUUCCAGACCCAGACAAUUUUGCACUUGACACCCGCAUGCGUGCGCGCGGCUCUGCUUGUUGGACCAGAACUGCACCGCCAUUAUGGCGUUCUCAAACGUUACAGUCUCAAGUGUUACAUGGAUUUGUCAUGCAAGAAUGGGAAAAGUGAAAGGGGGGAGGUUGCAUCUGUAGCAUUACAAAUUCCGAACAGAUCUGGGCGCUGUUUAGCCAUUCGCAAAUUUGUCAUGCGAAGCAGCUUGAUAUUGUGGAUCUUGAUGAUCAUUUUGCAUGACAAAUCAUGUAACAGUUGAGAAUGUAACGUUUGAGAGCCCCAUAGCCAUUCAGCGCGGGUUGUGGAGGGAUGAAGAAAUAGAAUCAACUGACAAGAAGAGCUCGACUUUCAAACGGUCCCACGUCACCAAUAUGAUGAACAAGAAACAAGCAAACUCCUCAAUAUCUGGCGCUCGUGCUCCUUCACGAGGACCUCCUGCUACAUAUUACGAGAGUUGCACCUCCGCUAAGUGCCGUCUAGACGAAAGCGCAUGCAGCUGCACAACCUGUCUGCUGUUUCACCACAGUACGCUUCUGCAGAGUAUUGGCAAAGACCGGUUUUUAUCAACUGUAAAAAUGUCAUCUGGGUCUGGAAGAGUGUAAACUUGUCAUGCAGGUUUUCCAUGACCCCUGAGGUCUGGAAUGCGGGACCUAGCAUGACAGGGUCUGUGAGGUCUCUGCUAUGCCUAUCCUGCGUGAGAAACUCCCUCCCAACUUGGUCGAAAGUGGACAGCUUUUGGUACUCAUGCAACACAGAUUUUUGCAUUAUUCGGAAUUAGCAUGACAAGUUGCAAUCUUCCAGACAUCCAGGGACUUUUGCAAUCCAUAGCUUUGGGCCCCGGAAUACGCCGCGGUGCCUGCCUCCACCUUCGUUCCGUUCCCGACGAUAUCCUGUGCAAAAGUAUCGUACUCGUAGAAAUGCAGGUCUUGCAUUACAAGUCUUGUUCUCAAGUCAAAUCUGCAUUACAAAUUUUAUCUCUCAUGCUGAGGAAAUUUGUAAUGCAUUUAUACGAGUACGAUACUUUUGCAGUUCAUAGACGACGAGUGGUCAUGUUGGACAUCAUAUCAAAGGCAAAUAUAAUGUCUGGGUCUGGAGGAAGAUUGCAGGACCUUGUCAUCGACAUCUUCUGGUGGAUCACGCAACUGGUCUCUAAUGCACGCAAAUAAAGCAUUAGUGCAGGUUUUCCGCAGGCCUUCUGAUCAUGUCUAUUGCUAUUCCGCAUGAGAAAUAAUCAUAAUGCCCUAUGAUCUACUGCGUAGCAAGAUUUUUGGGAAGCUUUUAUUGGUGCUUACGCAAGACAAAUCUUUAUUGCCCCCUAUUUAAUUGAAAUUGCAUGACAAGUUCCAAUUCCUCCAGACCCAGAUCGAUAUUUGCAAUGCAUAGGACAACUACAAGAGCAAGGAAGAAGGUUGAGCAUUUCUAAUCCCGAUCUCGUGAAGAGGUUGUUUUUGAAAGAAAAGCAGGAGUGGAAAGCGGUUCCCUGUUUAGUAAAGAAGACCAAGAUGAGCCUGUAUCGGGGGGACUAUAUCAACUAUAUCAAUACGACCCUGCUGCGGGGGGCCCCCGACGAGCGGGGGUCCCCGCCCGCCGCCGUGGCUGUGCGGUCGGCAGGUGAGGGUCCAGAGGGUUCUCGUCCGCGUUCAGCAGCAACACCAGGCAGCACUGAGACGAGGCAGUUGCCGUCAACUACAGGAGCAUCGUCAGUAAAUGAAACUACAGAAGUAGUGGUCUACAAGAACAGCAACGACUCCUAUCAUAACUACACGAAGAUCUUCGCAGCUUCGACUUUUGGUCCGUUGCGAAUAUAUUUUGUGCCCGAAGUGGAUUUACUGCGCAACGCUACUCCCAUAGAUCAAUUUUUUGACGGCGAAGUCGUAGGGGUGGGGGUGUUAUGAACUGCAAAUAAAGUAUCGUACUCGUAGAAAUUGAAAUGCAUUUACAAAUUUCCUCAGCAUGAUGAGAAAUGCGGAUUUGUCUCAAGAAAAAAAUUUGUCAUGCAAGACUUGCAUUUAAUAUACGAAUGCGAUACUUUUGCACAGGAUAGGUGUGCGCGCAUAAGCAGGAGGCGCCCUUCUAUCAAAAGGAAAAACUAUGAUCACCCCUCCCCAUGUUGACAAGGCACGUUUUCGAAAAUUUGCGUUGCUGAUUUGUGACCACAAAUCGUCUCUGUGAUGUUGCAUAAAGGCAACUCUACAGGCUCCGCCGCAUUGUUCUACAGGCGGUUUGUCAUGCUGUUGCACCUACCACGGCGUAGGCGUCUGCCAUGCAAAGCGCCAAGGCCAGAACCUGUCUCCUCAGGCUUAGCAUGGGUCUGCAGUCCUCGCCAGCAAGACAGAAUCAAUUUGCGUACGCAAAUCCAGCAUCAGAAGUCUCGUUUUGAUGUGGGCGGGAGGGGGGAUUUUCCAUUCUGAUACCUUCGGACUGCUCGCCGCGGUUCGUAUGGAUGUGUCAGGAUCGAAAUCGACAGAGUCGAAAAAUUUGUGAUGCGUAAAAUUUAGGGCACUGGAGGCCUGUACUGGGGAGCAGGAAAAUGAGACCGAUUGUAAAUGUAAGCCUGGCUAGGGGUAUGCAAGGCGCUGCAGCCAGAGUAGCACGACAGGGGCAGUCUUCUUUGCCUGAUCAGCAUGACAAACUGGAUUUAGGUACCGCCAAAAUUUGUUAUGUACCACUUAAAAACUUAAACUGGGCUCCAACUGGUAUCGGUUUUAUGCAUCACAAAUUUUUCGAUUUUGUCGAUUUCGAUCCUGGCGCUUCCAUAGUUCAUGUGGACAAGGUAACCGCGGCACGGUGCGCCAGGCUUUGCUGGCUCGAUGAAUUUUGCACCGCCUUUCAGGCAAAAGAGUCCCGAAAUUGGGACGUAUUCCCGGCCGGUAUAUCCACAGAAAAUUUCCCUUGCACGUACAGAUGCGGUCUCUGCAUGACAAAACUUGGCUUCGAUCCUAGUUUAGCAUGAAAAGUUUUAUGCUCCAAAUUGGUGGAAUUUGUGGAGCAUGUUCUUCUACAUGUACGGGAAAUUUGUAUUGCAUACGAUGCCUCCAGUUGUCGCCUGUUUCACCACAGUAUCCUGUGCAAAAGUAUCGUACUCGUCCUAAUUGCGUUUAUGCAAUAAUUACAGAUCUUUUUCGUUAAGGCAAAUCCGCAUUACAAAAUGCUAAGUCAAUUUGUAAUGCAAUUUUUACCAGUGCGAUGCUUUUGCAGUUCAUACACAGCGCUCUGCUGCGGGACCUUAGUGUGGAUGAGUUCUUCGGCCCCGCUUGCGCCGCACUUCCCGACACAACCUUCUCUCCGACGCAGGUUAUGCAUUGCAAAUACAAUGUCUGGGUCUGGAAAAGUGGAACUUGUAUUGCGUGUCGAGGAUUCCAGAAAAAUCUGUUGUAUUGCAUAAAACAACAAAAGCGCCACGAUUUCGUGAUGAAAAGACGCAGUUUGUAAUGUGCACUAAGCGUCUGAAAAAUUUGUCACGCUGCACUGGUCUUACAGGCGCAGUCACUCAUGGCCAUUCAGCAUCACAAAUUUGGAUCUAUUGGCACGUCGGUACGGUCAUAGUUAGCAUCACAAAUUUGGAUUUCCAGACCCAGACAUAUUUGCAUGUGAUACAGGCAGAGUAUUCACAACUGGAGGACGAGGCAGACGCAGAAGGAGACUUUCCACGGCUCGCAUUAUCAAAUGCAAAUAUGUCUGGGUCUGGAAGGUUGCAACUUGUGACGCAGCUGCAUUUGGAUACUAGAAAAAUCUGUAUUGCAUGAACAGCACCAGAAGAGGUGGUCCAGUUUUUACCACGGCGAGGGGGCAUUUCUGAUGCGGUAUAGGCAUGAGGAAGCCCCCCUCACAAAAUCUGUGAUGCUCCUAGGGUAUACAUCACAUCAAACGUCAGGAGCCGUGCAAGCUCCUGUGCAUGACAAACCUAUGUAUCCUUCCAGACCCAGACACAUUUGCACUGGAUACGCAGAUCUCGAGUAUAAGCAAUCCUGGAUGGCGUCGCCCUGCGUUCGGAAAAAAAGGGUUUGCCCGCCCCAAGACGAGAAUAUCGCUAAAAGAAUAUCGGGGGCCGGUCGCCCGGAAGACAUCGGCUGCUAUCGUUCCAUUUCCACUGCAGAAGAAGACAAGCAGUGGGUGCUUCAUCGUCUGGUGCACUCGAAUCGAGUGCAGAGCAGUGGGUGGUCGCAGUCGCAGACCGCUGGUCUUCUCGGACGAGUGCGAGGCACAUAUGUCAAUACGCAGUUUUACUCGGGUGCACAACUCCCCCUCCCCUCAUUUGUAUUGCAUGAACAGCAAUACAAGCGUCAGCAAGAAUACAGGUUUUGCAUGACAAAUUUGGACGGGAGUGCAGUGCUAUUUGGGCUGCCAGAACUUGCCAUGCAAACAGUGCCAAGAGCCAAGGCCUAAGUUAGGCACUGUGCAUGACAAAUGAGGGGGGGGGUUGUGCACUUUCAUAACGCUACGCCGCCGGCCUCUCCGAAAGAGGACAAAUAUUCUUUUCCGCUGGUCGUUAUGGAAGCGUCAGAACCGAAAUCAACAAAAUCGAAAUAGGUAUGUAAUUACUAUUUGUAAUUAAAUUACUAUUUAGACUGCGGCAAGCCAGAACUUUUGAGGCUUUGGGGUAUUUUCUGGGGGCCCCCGGUCCAGACAAAUGCCGGAGGGUCGCCGCACGGGGGCUCUGUCCCCGUGCUCGGGCCUGGUGCUUGUUUGUGAUGCAUGAAAUCGAUACCAGUUGGCGCCUGAGCUUCAAAAGGCGCGUGACAACUUUCGGGAGCACCAAAAUCCAGUCUGUCAUGCUGUUUGGGCAAAGAAGAUUGCUCCUGAUAUGCUACUCUGGCAAUGCAUUGCCCUCCUCUAAGCAGGCUCCCAACCGGCCCCCUUUGCCUGCUCCCCAAUACAGGCCAUGCGUGCGCUACAUUUUAUGCAUUGCAAGUUCUUUUUCGAUUUUGUCGAUUUCGAUUCUGACACUCACCCCCAUAGACGUCGUACAGAAUGCUCUUUAUUCUGAAAUUGCAACACCUUGGCCAUAUACUCCACCUGGCCACGUGGAGCGCUGCAGCAAUCUUGAAAGAAACCGCACGGACUUCUGGGAAGACUAUGGGCAGGCCGGUCAUGAAAAACUCAUGGACUUUUUCUACGAAAAUUAUGGAAAGGAGAAGAAAGCUCUGCCGCUCCGGGAAGCCAGUUUCGUUCCUAAAUAUCGUAAGGAAAAAUCCCCCCUCCCCGUAUCGAAAAGGAAGCCACAUAAAAUUUGCAAUGCUGAUUUCGGACCACAAAUCGUCUUGCAAGAAGGCAAGCCCACAGGCUGCGCCGCACUGUGCAGGCGGUUCGUGAUGUUGUUGGGCCUACAGUGUGGACAUUUGUAACGCUAGGCGCCAACCCCAAAACCUUGCGCCCCCGGGGUUGGCAUACGCUUGCAGUCUUCUACUGCGCGACGAAUCUGAUUUGUGUACGCAAGUGCAGCGGCACAGACUUCCUUUUUAAUAUGGGGAGGGGGGAUUUUUCCUUUUGAUGCUGCAGGAAUCGGGCCGAACGACUUGCGGCCUUGUGAUGUCUAUACCGCGAGCGAGUUGAUGCGCACCGCUGGGAAGAAGACAAAAGGGGUGCUUGAAGAAAUGAGCCUCGAAAAAAAUAAUAUCCAAAAGGGCCUGGUGGUAGGGUCACCGUCGUCGCGCCGGCCUGGGUCGUCGCAGGACCAGGAGCCCCCGGCAGGGAAUAAUGAAAAUAAGCCUUCACUUGAUGUCCCUGCUGCUCCAACUUCUGGGGCGGUAGCUGUAAAAAUAAAUGCUAGUUCAACACCAGCACAGCAGCCGAAAGUAAUACUGGCAGCCCCAAGAACCCACAGUCGGAUAGUUCGACAGCAUCAAGUAUCCACAGAAAAAAACCCAUCCACAUCCAAUUUGUCAUGCAAAACACGUAUCAAGUCAUGUGUUUGUCAUGCAAAAAAUGGAUGUGGAUGGGUUUUUUUCUGUGGAUAUCAAGGAUCAUCUCGAGCGGCUGCAGCUGACCCCGGCGAAGGCGAACAUGAAGCAGGCCUAUCAAAUGUAAAAAUGUCUGGGUCUGGAAACUUGUGAUGCUAAGUGGCGAUGAUUGAGCCAACUCCUGAGAGCAGCCAAGCAUGACAAAUUUUCAGGACGGUUUCUCAUAUGUAAUGCGCAUGAGAAACUGCGUUUUUGCAUGACAAAUAAUUAGCGCUUUUGUCGGUCACGCAAUACAGAUUUUACAGGAGUGCAGGACACGCAACACAGAUUCCAAUUUUUCCAGACCCAGACACUUUUUCAUUUGAUAAGGCCGCACGAGGACCAAUACCUCAUCUACAGCGCUGCUUCGCAAAGCUGACGAUAAAGAAGACGCUCUAUGGAAGUGUCAGGAUUGAAAUCGUCAAAGUUGCAAUAGUUUUUGAUGCAUAAUAAAACGCAACCCACAAAGUGCCAGUCUUGCAGAGUAGGCAAGGGAGGCAGAUUGUAAGCCUGUUGAGGGGUAGAAAUAGAGCUGCUGAAGUAGCAUGACAAAAGGCGCCACUCUUCCCCAAACAGCAUGACAAACUGGAUUUCGGUUCUACCCAAAUUUGUCAUGCGCCACUUGAAAACUAGGCGCCAACUGGUAUCCGUUUUAUGCAGUACAACUUUGUCGAUUCCAAUCCUGGCACUCCCAUACGCUCACAAGAAACUUGCGGAAUUUUCAGCGCACGCCACGCAGGUGGGAUCUCUUUUUGCCGUAUCAAAAGGGAAAAUCUCCCCUCCCCAUAUCGAAAACGAAAUUUUGUUGCUGUAUUUGAGUACACAAGUCAACUUGUAAAAAUGCUAGAAGGCCAAGAGACGCAGCUGUGGCCUCGUUUUCAGGCAAUUUGUCACGCUGUUUCCCAUUUCCAGCUGCCCCCUGUCAUGCUGAAGAUACAAGGCUUUCCCACGCCAACCAGCACUACAGUCCGCAUCUUUUCCCUUCUGGCAUGACAAAGUUGAUUUGUGGCCACGAAUCUGCAUCACAAAGUUCUAGUUUGAGUAUGGGGUGGGGGGAUUUUUCAUUUUGAUAUACCGUUUCCGUUCUUUUCCUCGUCCUAGCAGUGCUGGUCAUUCUGGGAAUGCUGGACAUAAUCAAGUGCGAUUCCUGUGACAGUUGUAGACGGCUGGAGGUGGACGAUACUAGUAGCAAGAAGCCCACCAGUUUGUCGAAGCGACAAAGGAAGCUGGACAACCGGCGAAACCGCCGCGCGGCAAAGGAGUUUGCCUUUGGGGCGACACGAGGACCACAAGGGGAACUACGAGAGUUGAAAAAUGGUAGUAAAGAGCAUCGCAUCACAGCACAAGAUGAGGUGGAAGCGGAUGUAGUAGAGCACAGAAAGAACCACGAAGAUCCACUGGCCGGGUCGGGUUCUACUGCGGGUGUGCAUUCAGCCCCCCGUGGUCCCCCAUCUGCCUACUUCACGCACGCGGAAGUGGACCGCCAGCCAGCACCACGAGGAGGUACUACUACAUCUCGAGCUACGAGACGACUAGGGAAUGAGAGUACAACGGCAAGUGCCGUCAACACGGCGGCGCCGCCAGCCACCUCGUCACGCGGAUCUGUAGAAGUGCCUCUUGGAGGAGGACGAGGUGGUGGCGCAUCAAGACCAGCUCCAGUAUGGAAACGCACAACUCAUCAUGACCCCCUCUUUCUCAUUUCUAGCUCUAAGGCACCAUGACGAGAACUACGAACAGCAAAAAUACAUGCGUCAGCAAGUACGCAGGUCGUUUUCUUGUGUGACAAAAAAUUUGCACAGGAUUUUUGCAGUGCAAGAACCAUUCGGGCUUGCAGAUGAACGUGUCCUCAGUCAUGACUAUAGUGCCAAAGAGUUGUCACUUCUAAAGGAUGGAUAGUUUACAACUUCUAUCUAUUUACUCGAGAAUUGAGAAGGAGAGUGAGCAGUUGUGCGCUCCCAUAAUAUCCUAUGAAGCCCGGCGGUACUUCCAGCCGCGCGGGCUACGGUCGAUAUGCGAGUUUUGUGCUCAGCCCAAUGGAACCAGUACAACCUCCACGAGCCAGUUCGAGAAAUAUUAACGCCCAAGAAGCACGAGGACAUGUUGCACAACCACAAGCGGCGGAAGUAGAAAAGGCACCCCAGAAGAUGUUGAACGCUGGCACUGCAGGAACUACUGCCAUGAAAAAUGCAGAAGAGCUGGCACCCAACAAAAUCGGAGGAGACCAAGGUGCUUGUCGUGUACUAUCGUGAGAAAAGAGUGUAGCUUCACUGUGUAAGGACAAUUUUCCAACUUUUGCACUGCUACUUCGCAACACACGACAAAGAAAACUUGCCAUGCGUGCUUCCUAUUUAGGGAAGCAUACAGUUCGCGCUCGCGCAGAUGAAGAUGAAACCCAAUGCCUUGCAUCAUGUGAUGUAGCAAGACCACCUCAGUAAAUGCGCCGUCUGUGAUGUUGCGUUCAUCUAUGAAAAAGCAUCACAAGUUUACAGAAGUGAAGCAGGUUUUUGUUUCGAUAUCGUGAAGAAGACAACUACUACGUGGUUGGCGGAGCAUCGAUUCAAGGAGGUCCUCGUCCUGGUCCUCCUCCGCUUGAAACAGGAACCGGCAACAACAUGAUCAUCAUGCCCCCGACAGGAACAGGAUUAGGUCAGGCAGGACAACAAGCGGAUGUUGGUCUGAACAACUCGCUGUACAACCAGCAAGGCGAGCAACAGAAGAUUUUGCAGCCUGUACAACGUCUUCCAAACUACACUGUGAAUGUUGACAUGUCGUCGCCGUUGUUUCAAAUUUAUGCUGUGCAAAAGCAUCGUACUCGUACUAAUCGCAGUCAUGCAAGACAAAUUUCUUUUUCAACCUAAAUCCAUUUGUCUUGCUGAGAUAAUUUGGAUUGCAAUACUACGAGUACGAUACUUUUGCAGUUCAUAAAAUUUCGGAAGAGCAGCAGGCCUUGAUGGGAUACCAGGAUAGCGCCGCAUUCGCGGCCGAAGAUUACCAACCAUACGCAAAUUGAAAAAAAACAUUUUCUACGCGUCGUCUUCACCCUUCACAGCUCAAUGCUCUUGCCGGCGAUCGAUUCGUUCUUCACCUUCAUGCAGAAAUAGUUAUUCGAGAAGAAGUAAUACCAAUAGACACAACACUGCUGGUACAUCAUCAGGACAGGAAAAUAAGGAACACUUAGAAGAAGAAAAUGCAGCCGCCUUGCAUGUAGUGCAUGUGAAUCUUCUUCAACAUCACAUGCAAAUGCAUACUAGUAUCUCUAAGGUGAAUAUUCAUGCGUAAAUAUGCAACAUAGCGAUCAGGCUAUCACCAGGGUGAGGAUGUUGACGAGAAGUAGAAUUUUCCGCGCCAUUAACGACCACCUGCGUUUAAUCCGAAUGCAGCUCCACCGAGGACGUCUGCAGUGAACCAACAAAAUUUCUCCCCCAGCGCCAGUGCUGUUUCCAGUGGUACGACUGGUGCAAGCUCUGUACCCACGGCCCCGCCACUUGAUCAUUACCUCACGACGCCGGGGGGACUAGCGGCCACGACCCAUUUUCAGUUCAACAGGCUACGGGCUAGCAGUGUUCCUGCGGGCAGAGCGAACCGGAAGAAUCACAGCACAAGCGGUGCGUACGUGCUAAGACCUGCAGCUCUCGACCCGAUCAGUGAGGGGGACUACACUUCGACGCCCCCUGCAAGUUAUGACGCAGGAUAAUUGAUGUUGUUUCUGUAUGAUUUUUGUAUUUAUUUGACGAAGAUUCACACGUAAGGGCAUUAUUUCACUUUCACAUUUAUUUUUCGCAAAGCACGACGGACAGAGAAAGGAGGAACGAAGAAUAUUUUUACGCACGGAGUUCGUCAUUCUACUCAAAAAAUACUCCGGGGUCUACUUGCGCAUAAUGUGUUCUUAUUUGCUCGUCUGAUGCAUAGGCUCACCAACUGCCGAAGUAGAUAAGAUCUUGAUCAUGCUCAAGGUUUUUCACUAAAGAGCGAUGCAGCUCAGCAACAGAGCAGAAUCAGCGUACAAAGCAAGCUGUCUCCCGUCCUGAGAUGAUGACAGAGUCCUAGAAGUUCUAGUAGUAGAAGUAGUCCUUGAGAGAAGAUGGGCAGCUAAUACAGUAGCUGCAAGUACACAGGACCAACUGAGAGCGUCUGCUGUUAAUAUUUCCUCUG